AUGUUAAAUGCUGAUUACAUAUAGGCUUUGUCUCUUCAAUUCUCCAUAAAUGCAGAAUAAUUUAUUCUGUAUGAUUAACAUAGAGAUCCAAAAUAAAAACAAUUCAUUUGUUAAUAUUGGUUAAGAGGUACUUGCUGUUUUACUCCUGGUAUUUAUUAAUGCAAUAUAUUUAGAAUUUUGCCAUUUUUCCCAUGGAAUUUAAUAUUUAGAAUAUUAGAUUGAUUCAAUAACAAAUUUAAAACCUUUACCUAGUGUAGAGGAUGUAAAAUUGAGAUAUAGAAUUGAUGGUUUUCCAAAAUAAUAUUUUGUGGUUGAGAAAUUUUAAUCACAUCCAAAAGUUAAGGAAUAAUUGAAGUAAUAUCAUGAAUAUAUUGGAAAAUAUUAUGAUCCUAAUAAAGUUUAUACUUUAAAAGAAAUUAAGUUUGAAAGAUCAAUCAAACCAAUUAUACUUAAUACUAUGUAUUUGAUGGAAAUUUAAGACUUUUAUUAAAAAAUUUUAGAAAAAUUAAAUGUUAAAAUUAUUCCUAGAGCUGUGUUCAUUCAUGAAUUGAAUAGAGUAGGAUACUCAUUUAUGGGUAAGUAUUAUAUAAUAAUAUAAUAUAGGAAGUCAUUUCGCUAGACCUAAAACAUUAAUAUUCCAUUUAUAAAAUAGUGGUUAUUGUUUUUCUAAGACUCUUAGAACAGACAUCGUAAUACAUGGAUAUGAUGAAUCUAUUUUAAGAAAAUAAAAUACUUUAAAAGUCCUUAAAUAAGGAGUAGGUAAAUAAUAAAAUUUAGAAUAAAAUGAGAAUUAGGAUGAUAUUAAUAAGGAAGAUAAUGAAGAUUAAGAAGAAGAGGAAGAUGAUGAAAAUAUAGGAUUUGAUGAUCCAAUAGAAACUAAGGAGGGAGAAAAGGAUAUUGUAUUUUUAAUUAAGGUUGAGAAUAAGGAAGAAUUGAUAAAAUGUUUUAUUUAAAAAUUAUAAGAAAUCUUAACUGAAAAACCAGAGUUAGCUUAACUUACAGAUAUGGAUGAUUUUCAAGAAGCAAUAGAUCAAAUAAUUAAAUAAUAAAAUUAGAUUAAUUUUGAAAUGUAAUAAAGAAUUUUACCAAAUUUGUAUUAAAUGUUGACAAUCAAAGAUUAAAUUUGGGAUGAAUUUGCUGAAGAAAAUGGAUUACAACAUAUAAAAUUUAAAAAUUCAAGAGAUUCUGGAAUAUAAAUAAGUUCAAUAGUGUAAUAUUUUACACCUGAAUAAAAAUAGGAAUUAACUAAUUAUCUUUAGAAACCAAAAAUAAAAUAUUAUUUAUGUUAAUAUUGGAUGAGAGGUAUUUGCAUUUUCCAAAAGAAAGACUGUAGAUUUGCACAUGGUCUUGAAGAUUUGGAAUUAAAUUUUGAUGUUGUAAGAGAUUUUGAACAAUUAAAUUAAGAAUAAAAACCAUUAAGAUAUAAUUAGAAACCAUUAAUAAAUCAUAGAACUUAUACAAUUUUAUACUUAUAACAAUAUAGGAUGAUUGAUUAAGGAGCAUUGGAAAAACACUAAAAGAGAAAUAUCUUUUAAAUUGAUAAUUUGAAGGAAUAUAGAGAUAAGAUUAGAGAAUUUAUUUCAAAAGAAAUGAUAAUUAAUGUAUAUAAGAAAAUUUCUAAUGGAAAACCAUAGAACAAAGGAGAAAUUAUGAAAUAUUAUAAUAUGAUUGGAUUCAUUUAGAAAGGAAUUGAUUUGUCAGAAUUGAAGAUAAUAAAAAUAUUAAUUAAUAAUGAUGCUGUAUUUGAGAAAGAAUCUAUAGUUAAAGUACAUUAAAUUGAAUAAGAGGGUUUGAGUAAGAAAGAGAAAAAGAAGGUUACUUAAAAACAGAUUUUAUUAAUUCCUGUAUUGGAUUAUAAUGCAUAUGACAAAUUUUAUGAAUCAAUUAUUUUUUAAGCAUUAGUAAAUGUUUUUAAGAAUAAAGUGGAAUUACCAAUAGAGGAGAGUGUAGUAAAGAAAGAAAUUUAUAAAUUGGAUUAAGUUUUAGAAAUGCCAGGACUUUAUCAAUAUUUUCUUAGACAUCCAAAAAAGAGAUAUACAUUAAUUGAAUAUUUUUAAGAGAAUAUUUUAGGUAAAGUUAAGACUCAAUUAAAGGAUUAAAUUGAUCCAGAAGUAUAUGAAUAAAUAUCUGAAGAUGGAUUUAAUUUGAUUACAUUUGAAGCUGAUAUUCCAUCAUUAAUGGCUAUAAUUUAAGCUAUUUAUGGUAAUGCAUUAAGUCGUAAUUAAAUUUCAAUAAAUUUUGAUAAAUUGAUAAAGUAAAUAGAAAUGAAAGCAAGUGAUAAUGAUAAAUACAAUUGUUUAGUAAAUUAUCUGCAUAAGGAGAAAUUACAUAAAUUUUAUAGUAUAAAUGGAAAUCUAUAUGUAAUAAACUAAUAUGGAAAGGCAAUAGAUAAAAUUAAGACAUGUAAAUGUGGAAAGUAAUAUUAAGCACCAGCAAAAAUAAAAUAAAUUAAUAAUAAUAUGUUAAUCUAAAAGAUAAUGGAGGUUUAAGAAUUUAUUGAUAAAGAUGUGAGAAAUACUAUUAUUGUAGAUUCUGCAGAAAAAUUACUUUUAGCAUAAGAAUUCAUGUCUUUUGAUGUUAAUUAUAUUGCAAUAGAUAUAGAAGGAUAAUUGAAAAAAGGAGAUAUUUGGUUAAUAUAGAUGGGUGUGAUGGUUGAAAAUUUGAGGAUAAUAUUUAUUUUUGAUUUAAUGAAACCCAAAUAUUUGGAAGCUGAUUUAGUAUUUCAUGAAUAGAUGUUAAGUGUAAUUAGAACAAUUUUAGAAGAUGAAGGGAUUUGUAAAGUAUUUCAUGAUUGUAAAAGAGACAGUUAAGCAUUACAUAUUAAUUAGAUAUGUCCAAAGAAUAUUGUUGAUACAAGUAGCACAUUUUAAUUUUUGGAAUAUUUGAAAUUGAAUGAUUAGGAUUAGAAAAAAGUUAAAAAGAAGUAUUAUUAUUAUUAAAUAUUAUAGUCCAAUUUAAAUAUCAAAAGAAGUAUUAUAAGUAGCUACUCCACCAAUUAAUAGUGUAUUAAUAAAAUAUGGAGCUUUACAUGGAGGAAAUGAAUUAAAAGAAGAAAUGCAUAAAAAAUUCAAUCAUUGUAAAGCAGAUGAUUUCUUUGCUCGUCCAAAUCCUGCCUUUAUGUAUUAUAGUGCAAGGGAUGUGGAAGAUCUUGUUUAGGUAUAUUUAUAAAUGGAAAUGUUUGCUUUGGAAUAUAGAUACAUUAUUGAGAAAAUGAGUAACAAAAAUAAAGAGUUUUAUUUUAAGAAAAAGGAUAAUUGA